CAAACAUACAAGGUUGGUACAUAAAAUAAGGGAGCUGGGCCUAUAUGUAGAAGUCACUGGGGCAGUGAUAGGAAACAGAAGGAUCGAUUUGAUGGACUUCACGAACCAGACCGAGGUCACAGAGUUUGUCUUUUCCGGACUGACUGACGAUGAGGACCUGAGAUCCUUCCUCUUCGUACUCUUCCUGCACGUCUACAUUGUGACUGUAUUGGCCAAUGUUAGCCUGGUGGCCAUUGUCAGUAACACAUCAAACCUGCAGAACCCAAUGUACUACUUCCUGACUUACCUCUCCCUGGUGGACGUCUUCUAUUCCUCCACCAUAAUGCCAAAGACCUUGGUGGACCUUAAGAGUUUGAAGAAGACGAUCUCCUUUGUAGGUUGUGCUCUUCAGUUCUUCUUCUAUGCCGCUCUAGGAUCUAUCGAGACUCUCCUCCUCUCCUCCAUGUCCUAUGACCGCUAUGUUGCCAUCUGCCACCCUCUCCAUUAUGUGUCCAUUAUGAAUAAGAAGAAAUGUCUACGACUCCUUAUUUUUUUCUUCUCUGUUGGUUUCUUACAGUCCUCGGUACAGACCAGCUGCACCUUCAGUCUACAGUUCUGUGGGUCCAACCUCAUUGACCACUUCUACUGUGAUACUCCUGUGAUACUCAGACUGUCCUGCUCGGAUACUUCUUCCUGUGACAUGGUCACCUUCUACAUUGUAGGUGCUUUGGCCUCAGGCUCCCUGGUGACUAUCCUUGUCUCAUACACCCUAAUAAUCAUUUCAGUUACACACAUGAGAUCCACAGAAGGUCGGAGGAAAGCCUUCAGUACCUGCUCCUCACACCUCAUGUGCGUCUUCAUCUUCUACGGCACUGUAUUGUUCACAUACAUGCAUCCUCCCUCCAGCGCCUUCACCGUACGAGACAAGGUGGCGUCAGUCUUCUAUACAGCAGUAACACCAAUGCUGAACCCUCUUAUAUACAGUCUGAGGAACCAAAGUGUGAGAAGUAUCAUUAUACGAUCAGUUCAUAGUACACUGCUCAAAAAUAUAAAGUGAACACUAAUAUAACACAUCGUAGAUCUGAAUGAAUGAACUAAUUGUAUGAAAUACUUUCCUCUUUACAAAGUUGAAUGCGCUGACAACAAAAUCACACAAAAAUUAUCAAUGGAAAUCAAAUGUAUCAACCCAUGGAGGUCUGGAUAUGGAGUCACACUCAAAAUCACAGUGUAAAAACCUCACUACAGGCUGAUCCAACUUUAUGUAAUGUCCUUAAUACAAGUCCAAAUGAGGCUCAGUAGUGUGUGUGGCCUCCACGUGCCCGUAUGACUUCCCUACAAUGCCUGGGCAUUCUCCUGAUGAAGUGGAGGAUGGUCUCCUGAGGGAUGUCCUCCCAGACCUGGACAAAAGCAUCCACCAACUCCUGGACAGUCUGUGGUGGAUGGAGCGAGACAUGAUGACCCGGAUGUGCUCAAUCGGUUUCAGGUCUGGGGAACGGGUGGGGCCAGUCCAUAGCAUCAAUGCCUUCUUCUUGUAAGAACUGCUGACACACUCCAGCCACAUGAGGUCUAGCAUUGUCUUGUAUUAGUAGGAACCCAGGGCCAACCACACCAGCAUAUGGUCUCACAAGGGGUACCUAAUGGCAGUCAGGCUACCUCUGGCAAGCACAUGGAGGGCUGUGCGGCCCCAAAGAAAUGCCACCCCACACCAUUACUGACCACCAUGCUGGAGGAUGUUGCAGGCAGCAGAAC